GCGCCUUUGCCGGUGCUGGAGCCGCCAUUGGAGCCGGCUUGGCUUGCGGGCUCCGCUGCGGAGCGGGAGGUUGGGCCGCAGUUAAAGUCGCGUCGGCUCCUGGUCCCUGGCCCUUCAGCGGCAUGGCGUGCGGGGCGACGUUGAAGCGGCCCAUGGAGUUCGAGGCGGCGCUGCUGAGCCCCGGCUCCCCGAAGCGGCGGCGCUGUGCCCCUCUGCCCGGCCCCACUCCGGGCCUCAGGCCCCCGGACGCCGAGCCGCCGCCGCUGCUUCAGACGCAGACCCCACCGCCGACUCUGCAGCAGCCCGCCCCGCCCGGCAGCGAGCGGCGCCUUCCAACCCCGGAGCAAAUUUUUCAGAACAUAAAACAAGAAUAUAGUCGUUAUCAGAGGUGGAGACAUUUAGAAGUUGUUCUUAAUCAGAGUGAAGCUUGUACUUCGGAAGGUCAGCCUCACUCCUCAGCACUCACAGCACCUAGUUCGCCAGGUUCCUCCUGGAUGAAGAAGGACCAGCCCACCUUUACCCUCCGACAAGUUGGAAUAAUAUGUGAGCGUCUCUUAAAAGACUAUGAAGAUAAAAUUCGGGAGGAAUAUGAGCAAAUCCUCAAUACCAAACUAGCAGAACAAUAUGAAUCUUUUGUGAAAUUCACACAUGAUCAGAUUAUGCGACGAUAUGGGACAAGGCCAACAAGCUACGUGUCCUGAAGCUUUCUUGCAUAUCUGGGUACCAGGUUUGACCUCAAGAGAUGGCUGCUGUACACUUUUUGCAACUGGUUUGAUAUCACAUUUCAGCUCCAACUUUGCAUCCUGAGAACACUUAAAUGUUUCUGCAGGUCCAUUUUAUACAACUUGAAAGACCUUAAAACUUUCCGGUUGCCACAAGCAUAUCUUUCUUUUCUGCUCAUCCAAUAAACAGCUGUGCCCUACUGUGAUAGAUUUUCCAAACAAAAAUACCUGGAGCGGCAGUUUAGCAAAAUAUGCCCUCAGUGGCACUCAACAAAUGGAGUUUCCCCAAGCACAGUUCUGUAAGAAGUGUGUGUGAGAGUGUGUGUAUGUGUGUGUAUGUAUUUUAAGUUAUUAUUUGUAUUGUGCAAAUUUUUUUGAUCUUGGGGAUUCUGGCUGUGAAUUUGAUGCACGACAAUUAUGGUUAAAAACAUUUCCUUGGUCUACAGAAGAUCAUUAAUGUUUUGUGACCAUAUAAGUUGUAACAGUGGAUUGUUUUCUGUGUAGGUGUUAUUGUUAAAUACAGGGACUGUUUCCAGGCACAGAAUAUGAAUCAUAAGUUAGAAUGGACAUUAGAUGUGAUUAUGACGACAUAGCGAAGGUCUGUGGUCCUAGGUCUACAAAUGCGUGGUGAGGAAUUAGAACAAACCCGAGACAGGCCAUUUGACACAUGACUCUGCCUAGCUGUGUUAGAACAUUACUUUGACUCCAAGCCUUAAAAUACCCACGUGGAGUCUGUGCUCACCUCAUUCACACAAGGAGCUCCCUGGACACUGAACCUCUAAGAAGGAAAGGAGUCUCCUCUGGAGCAGGAGCAGCAGGGUUUGCUUGGGAGCUUGACAAAGGUGAGCAUGGGGCUGGGCCACGCCCCGGAGGCACUGCUACUUGGGAGGCGCCACUUCACCUUUGUAUCAGUUAUUAAAAAUAGAAUUUGGAUCCUUUGGUCAGGUUCCCCCAAAUUCUUUUAAGAGAUGUCCAUGUUCAAUUGCUUGAGCUUUGUUUUGGCAACCCCCUGCCUGAAGUUGCUUACAGACUGUUCUUCACCUUAUUUCCAAGGCUGAGGAACAGAAAGUAGCCUCUGUUUUGAGGAGGUGGAAGUUAAGUAUACAUUUAUUUUUUACUGUGACUUGUUCAGGACCACGUUUUACAAAAUGCCUUGUUUCCUUUAUUAUUGUUUCUGGAAAGGAAAGUUCUAUUAAAAUUGUUUUAGUUUGAAUAUAGAAUAGUUUUUUUAAUUAAGGCUUAUUUUGAAAAAAGUUUAAUUCAAAUGUAUGCCAGUACCUUCCAAAGUAAGGUAAUAUUCAGAGACAGUUGUCCUUAUCAGAUGGCUUAGAGAAGUUUCUGGAAUAUUCACAUUCGAAGAUUCCUUAUUAAUGAAUGUCUUUGACUUAAAUCUAACCAAAAACUGCAACAUUAUUCUUUGUACAUUUUCAUUAUAUAGUGUUAACAAGCUUAGUUGCAAACAAAUAAAAUACUUAAGCUAUUUGUUUACCUUGCCUUCUUAAUACUGUGAUAAUGUUUAUUAAUUCAAAUAAUUUAUGUGAGGCUGCUAUAACCAUUUCCCUAUUUCAGCACUACAUUUAAGAUUUAAAGACUUUUUAAAGCCCAGAAGUGAUCUUUUAAUAAUUAAAGAAUUAUUUUUACUUCAUAUUUGAAGGGCAGUGUGUUUCAUCUCUUCUUUUUCCAGGGUAGUCACUUGUUCCUGGAAGAGGAGAAUAGCAGUGGCUGUAAUGCGAGUGGCCUUACAGUGGGAUAGUCACCCCAAAACAAGGGCAGGGCAUCUGUGGGGGCCAUCCAAAGUCCUGAAGGAUGGGCCAGGAAUGGGCAACGCUGCCUCACUGAAGUCUUCUUGUUACAGAAUCAGUGUGAUAUGUUCACUCACUUUUGCAGGUGUCAGCCCCAUUCCUACUAAAUGGCUGCUGGGUGGGAAAUAGAGUAGGUUUCUAUAAGGAAAAUGACAGACACUCUCUCACUGCACCUAGUGUUGUUAGGCUGUUUUAUUAUCAUAUGGUUGCCCUUUGGGGCCACAGAGUAAGACCACACCACCAUGGCUGGGUUUUGGGAUCUCUUCAAAAGGGACUGGACAUGUUUGUUUAAUGUUUUAUGCAGAGAAAAGGUGACUCCUAGGUCAGAAAAUGGGGACCUGUAAGGUAAGCCUUAGACUAGUGAAAGGUGUUUUUUCCUAGACCUUGAUUUCUAGGGCUUGAACGUAGGGGCAUUCCCAGGUAGGGAAGUGUCUUUGUCUCAUGGAAAUAGGUCAAGGCCCAGGGAAGAAGUCAACCUACAGAGACCGUAAGCAUGGGCCAGGACCUGUGGUCUCAGAAGAUUUGUAUCUAGUGAGCUAGUUAAAAUUUUUUUCUGUUUGAAUUCCAUUCAUUAUCUUUUAGUAAAGUCUUCACCUUAAGGGGAAUGAAAGGAGUAGGUGUCCCUGCAUACCUAGGUCAGAGGAGUACAGGGGAGAUUAAAGUUUGUGAGGCAGUCAUAACUGUCAAGAGCUCCCAGGAAAAGAAGAACAUCAGAAGACACAUGAACUUGGGCCAACCUUCCACACACGGUGAAUCUUCUCUGCCCACCAGGGAGGAUUGGUUGUUUAGAAUAGUAGCUAAAGGAAUGGCCUUUGGAUGUUUGUAGCCCUAGAGUUUAGUCUGCUCUGCCACUAAUUUGCUAUGUGAGCCUUGCCAAGCUACUGAACUUUCUGAGCCACGGUUUCCUUAUCUGUAAAAUGAGGGUUAAUUGUAUGUACAUCAUUGGGGUUUGUUUUCAAAUAGAUUAAACUAAAUAGUCCAUGUAAAGAAAGUAUUUAUAUUUAGCACAGGUUGGGGCAUAUAAUAUGCACUUGAAAAUGUUACAGCAGGUUUCUUUACAGUGGUCUUCAUCAGAUCUGAAGACCAAAACCUUUCUUUCUGCAGUGGUGAUUCUCAACUUUCCAGAACGAAUAGCCCCUUGUUAACAUGAAAUCUCACAUUCUCUUAUUAGAAUUUGUACAUUUUAAGUGUUUGACUAAAAAAUAAAAGAUGAAUGACAAGUGAAUUCAGUAAUGCCUUUCAGUGAAUCUGUAUUUUGUUACUCAGCAGGGAUCAGCAAACUAUGGCCUAUUUUUUGUAAAUAAAGUUAUAUUGGAACACU